AUGUCUUCUUUCGCUUUUUUCUUGCUGUGCGUUCAAGCGUGCUUGAUCCAGAAUGUAUACAGUCAGUGUCUCGGAACUGGACUUGGCUUAGGCUAUGCUCCAGGAUUCAAUGCUGAGUACGGCUUGGGAUGUGGACCUGAAGUUUCUUAUGGACCUGGGUUCAGUCUUGGAUACGGUCUCGCUGGCCCUGGAGCCCUUGCCACUCCUGCUGGCAUUGCCGGUCCAGCCUAUGGAGGCACUGGCGUUGGUGAUGUAGCGGUCGCUGGCGAGUUGGGUGUCGCUGGGAGCACCCUAGUAGCGGGUCAGGUGCCGAUUCUGGGCUAUGUUAGAUUCGGUGGUGAAGUUCCAGCUGGUGGUAUUGUCUCCAUUACCGGAAGCUGCGACGGUAGCUGUGGUUGCGGCUGCAAUGGUGUUUACCUGUACUGA